AUAAAUGACGUGCCGAGAAAGCGAGCGAACGCGCAGCCGGGAGAGCGGAGUCUCCUGCCUCCCGCCCCCCACCCCUCCAGCUCCUGCUCCUCCUCCGCUCUCCACACACAGACAAGCUCACACCCGCUCCCUCACUCGCACACACAGACACGCGCGCACACACGCUCCGCACACACACUCCACUCUCUCCCGCGCGCUCACACCCCUCUCGCCCUGCACCCUCACGGGUGCAGCGCCGCGCGGUUGCCGGACGCCCCUCCCGGGCUCACUUUGCUACGCUGACAGCGGUGGCCGUGGAGGUGGGAACAACCGGCGGCAUCCUUCCCCCUGGUCGCGGCCGGAGCCAGGACGCCAGCGGAAUCCUCGGUGGUGCCCUCCCAUGAGUCGGGAUCGCAGCAUCCCCUGUCAGCCGCUCACCGCCUCUGGGAGCCACUGGACUUGUAUACCGCAGCUCUUCCGGGACAGCAGCUGUGACUCCCCCCCAGUGCAGAUUUCGGGACAGCUCUCUAGAAACUCGCUCUAAAGACGGAACCGCCACAGCACUCAAAGCCCACUGUGGAAGAGCGCAGACCGGCCAACCCCGGCCCUGAAACUGGACCCUCCGCGGAGCAGGGCAGUACCGCCGUCGCUUCGCCUAGUCGUAGGUCUCCUCCUUGUUCACUCUCAGCCUCCGCUGGAGAGACCCACAGCCCCACCAUUCAGCGCGCAAGAUACCCUCCAGAUAUGCCCUGCGUGCAAGCCCAGUAUAGUCCUUCACCUCCAGGUUCCAGUUAUGCAGCGCAGACCUACAGUUCAGAGUACACGGCGGAGAUCAUGAAUCCCGACUACGCCAAGCUGACCAUGGACCUUGGCAGCACGGAGAUCACGGCCAGGGCCACCACAUCCCUGCCCAGUUUCAGUACCUUUGUGGAGGGCUACUCCAGCAACUAUGAUUUCAAGUCCUCCUGCCAGUACCAAAUGCAACCCCCUGGGCCGCGACCCUUGAUUAAGGUGGAGGAGAGCCAUGCGCACGGCUACCACCAUCACCCCCACCACCACCAUCACCACCACCACCAUCAUCACCAGCAACAGCCACAGCAGCAGCCAUCCAUUCCGCCCCCCUCCGGACCGGAGGACGAGGUGCUGCCCAGCACUUCCAUGUACUUCAAGCAGUCCCCGCCGUCCACCCCUACCACGCCGGGCUUUCCCCCGCAGGCGGGGUCGCUGUGGGACGACACGCUGUCCUCGGCGCAGAGCUGCAUCGCACCUGGCCCGCUGCUCGACCCGCCGAUGAAGGCGGUGCCCACGGUGCCCGGAGCGCGCUUCCCGCACUUCCAUUUCAAGCCCUCGCCGCCGCACCCGCCCGCGCCCAGCCCGGCGGGCGGCCACCACCUGAACUAUGACCCGACGGCCGCCGCCGCGCUCAGCCUGUCUCUGGGAGCCGUCGCCGCGGGCAGUCAGGCCGCGGCGCUCGAGGGCCACCCAUACGGGCUGCAGCUGUCCAAGAGCGGGGCCGCGCUGGCCUUCUCGCCGCUCGGCCUCACUGCCUCCCCAACUGCGUCCAGCCUGCUGGGCGAGAGCCCCAGCCUUCCGUCGCCGCCGAUCCGGAGCUCUUCAUCUGGCGAGGGCACCUGCGCCGUGUGCGGGGACAACGCUGCCUGCCAGCACUAUGGCGUUCGCACCUGCGAGGGCUGCAAGGGCUUCUUCAAGAGAACGGUGCAGAAAAAUGCAAAAUAUGUUUGCCUGGCAAAUAAAAAUUGCCCUGUAGACAAGAGACGUCGAAACCGAUGUCAGUACUGCCGAUUCCAGAAAUGUCUCAGUGUCGGAAUGGUUAAAGAAGUUGUCCGUACAGAUAGUCUGAAGGGGAGGAGAGGUCGGCUACCUUCAAAACCAAAGAGCCCAUUACAGCAGGAACCUUCUCAGCCCUCUCCACCUUCUCCUCCAAUCUGUAUGAUGAAUGCCCUUGUCCGAGCUUUAACAGACUCAACGCCUAGAGAUCUUGAUUAUUCCAGAUUCUGCCCCACUGACCAGGCUGCUGCAGGCACAGAUGCUGAGCAUGUCCAACAGUUCUACAACCUUCUGACAGCCUCCAUUGACGUCUCCAGAAGCUGGGCAGAAAAGAUUCCCGGAUUUACUGAUCUCCCCAAAGAGGAUCAGACAUUACUUAUAGAAUCAGCCUUUUUGGAGCUGUUUGUUCUCAGACUUUCCAUCAGGUCAAACACUGCUGAAGAUAAGUUUGUGUUCUGCAAUGGACUUGUCCUGCACCGACUUCAGUGCCUUCGUGGAUUUGGGGAGUGGCUCGACUCCAUUAAAGACUUUUCCUUAAGUUUGCAGAGCCUGAACCUUGAUAUCCAAGCCUUAGCAUGCCUGUCAGCACUGAGCAUGAUCACAGAACGACAUGGGUUAAAAGAACCAAAGAGAGUGGAGGAGCUAUGCAACAAGAUCACAAGCAGCUUAAAAGACCACCAGAGUAAGGGACAGGCUUUGGAGCCCACCGAGCCCAAGGUCCUGGGUGCCCUGGUAGAACUUCGAAAGAUCUGCACCCUGGGCCUCCAGCGCAUCUUCUACCUGAAGCUGGAAGACUUGGUGUCUCCACCUUCCAUCAUCGACAAGCUCUUCCUGGACACUCUGCCUUUCUGAGUAGAAGCAGCCUGAUCAGGGAGCUGCCGCAUCCACUAGCACCUGCUUGCUAAGCAGCAGAGGGAGGGGUCUGGACACCCAUUCCUGUCCUUCCUUAAGAGAAAGAGCAGCUCCUGACAAAAAGAAAGACUUUUUUUUCUGGCACUUUUCCUUACAACCUAAAGCCAGAAAACUUGCAGAGUAUUGUGUUGGGGUUGUGUUUUAUAUUUAGGCUUUAGGGUUGGGAUGGGAGGGGGUUAUAAUUCAUGAGGGUUUUCUAAGAAAUUGCUAACAAAGCACUUUUGGAUGAUGCUAUUCCAGCAGGAAAAAAAAAAAGGAUAAUAUAACUGUUUUAAAACUGUUUCUUGGGAAUACAAUUAUAGUUGCUUUGUAUUUAAAAACAAGAACAGCCAAGGGUUGUUCGCCAGGGUAGGACCUGUCUUGAGAUGAUCGCUUUAGAAUAUACUUCCUGUAUUAAGGGUAUGUAUGUGGUGCAAACAAGGCAGAAAUUCCCUCGUCUUAAUUUCUUUCUUCCUUUAUUUUAACAAAUGGUAAAAGAUGGAGGAUAACCUAUAAAUCAGACAUAGCAAAAUUAUAAUGGCUGUUCGCUUCCAUAUACAAGUGCAAUUUUUAAAGUGCUGUCUUACUAAGUCUUGUUUAUUAACUCUCCUUUAUUUUAUACAGAAAUAAGAAAGAGGCAGUCAAGUUAGCAAAUGCCAAGUGCUAAUUUCCUAGCAGAGGCUUUGUCCGCCUGCCCUAUAGAACCCUUCUGAGGUACGAUCCAUCCAAGAUUCAGGCCAUUCUUAAUGGAUCCAGAUCCCUGCCCUGGGGCUCAGAUUAUAAAAUGGAUUACAUACAACUGCUUUGGUUGUGUUCUAUCAACCCAUCCAGAGUUCCCUAAACUUCCUUCAGUUACAGCAACUGACUGACACAUUGAUUCAGAAGCCCAGGAGCAUUCAGUGAGUCUCAAGUGUUUGAUCCCUAGAUAAGAACGUGCAAAAAAAAUAGGAACUGGAUCAUACAGGGUAAACACCAGGGGUAAUAAGAUUUUUUUAAUAUAUAUAAGUUAAUUUUUGUUUUCAGUUAAAGAGACAAUUUUGGAGAGCUAGCAAGUCUUAUUUUUUAAAAAGUAGUAUGAAUGUGAGUACUAGAAAGGAUU